AUGGAUACUGAACGAUCUUCAACAAAUUCAAGCACCUGCCGGGACAAAGACUCACUGUCAUGUAGUGCCCUACCUGAUACAGAUAAAGCUCCCCUGGAAGAUGAUCUGCCCCCUGUCGAUGGCGGUUUCCACGCGUGGAUGUUUUUGGCGGCGUCCACCAUGAUCGAGGCAUUGGUUUGGGGGUUUGCGUUCUCGUUUGGUGUUUUUGAGAGCUAUUAUCGUGAUAGUGAGUUACUCAAGGGAUCUAAUAUGGUGGCUGUUAUUGGGACUUGUGCGACAGGCGUCGCAUAUCUAAGCUGUCCCGUGGUUAUCGUCGUCAUGAUCCUUCUCCCCGGCUACGCUCGAUGGUUCUCAACGGCAGGCAUGAUAAUAAUGUGUUUAUCGCUCGCCCUGGGAUCCUUUUCCACGAACAUCACACACCUCGUGCUAUCCCAGGGAAUUGGCUUCGGAAUCGGUGGCUGUAUCGCAUACAGCCCAUCCAUUAUGUUUAUGUCGGAAUGGUUCGACAAGCGCAGAGGUCUCGCAUUCGGAAUGGUCUGGGCUGGCUCGGGCGUGUCGGGAAUACUGUUCCCGCUGCUAUUGGGAAAGUUAUUGAAUCGUUUCGGAUUCCAGACAACGCUGAGGAUUUGUUCGGUCCUCUUGUUUGUGCUCGCUGCUCCGUUUUUGUACUUUCACAGACCUCGACUUCCGAUUUCGAAGAAAAUUGCUCACCAUCGACUUAACGCACGGUUUCUGCGGCAUCCCGUUUUUGUUAUUUAUCAGGCCUCGAAUGUCCUAGAGGCUUUUGGGUUCUUCUUGCCCGCUAUCUACCUUCCGACCUUUGCGCGCUCGAUUGGGGCUUCGGAAUUGCUUGCCUCUUUGACUGUCACAGCUCUCAACUUGGCAUCAGUCUUUGGUAGUAUAUCGAUGGGACACUUGUCUGAUCGCUGUCAUGCUGUGAUCUGCAUAUCGAUAUCUUCAAUUGGGACGGUGCUUUCCAUUUUCUUGCUGUGGGGAUUCUCCACCAAUAUCGCAGUGCUGAUGGUGUUCUCUGUUGCAUAUGGAAUCUUUGCUGGAAGUUACUCAGCGGCAUGGUCAGGAAUGAUUCGCGAUAUCCAACAUGUGGAUACUAGCUCGGACGCCACUAUAGUCUUUUCUGUCAUUGCAUUUGGACGGGGAAUUGGGAAUGUUGUGAGUGGACCGUUCAGCGAGUUUUUGCUCCGUGUGGAUAACUGGACAGGGCAUGCAGUGGGAGCAUAUGGCACUGAAUUUGGGCUGCUUGUUGUUUGUACAGGCCUUACUGCGUUGACAAGUGGAAUGUGUUUACUUGCACGCUUUUUCAAAUGUAUAUAA